GUCUCUUCCCAGCAUACACCUGCAAACACACUCGCACGCCAUGGCAUCACCACUCCGCACCGCGCGAUGGCUUCAUGCACUGAUGCUCAUGAGCCACUUUAGCACGGCAUUGACGGCAAGCACCGGGGCAUGGCGAACCAGAUCGGUGUAUCAGACGAUGACCGACCGGUUUGCUCGCACGGAUGGGUCGACGACCGCUCCUUGCAACACGACCGCCGGCCUAUACUGCGGUGGCACCUGGCGCGGCAUGAUCGACCACCUGGACUACAUCGAGGGGAUGGGCUUCGACGCAGUGAUGAUCUCCCCGAUCAUCAAGAACGUCGAGGGGCGCGUCGCCUACGGGGAAGCGUACCACGGCUACUGGGCGGAAGACCUGUAUGCCUUGAACCCGCAUUUCGGGACGGAGCAGGAUCUCUUCGACCUGAGCCAGGCCCUCCACGCCCGCGGCAUGUAUCUGAUGAUGGACACGGUCAUCAACAACAUGGCCUAUCUCACGAACGGCCACGACCCGGCCACCAGCAUCGACUACUCGAAGCUGCAGCCCUUCAACGAGGCCCGCUACUACCACCCCUACUGCCAGAUCACCGACUACAACGACUACCCGCUGGCGCAGCGGUGCUGGACGGGCGACGACAUCGUCGCCCUGCCCGAUCUGAAAACCGAAGACCCGGACGUCCAGCACAUGCUCAACCGCUGGAUUUCUGAGACCAUGGCCAAGUACUCGAUCGACGGGCUCCGUCUCGACGCCGCCAAACACAUCACUCCGGCCUAUCUCCGGGCCUUCCAGCAAGCGGCCAACAACUCGCUGGUGACCGGGGAGGUCUUCGACCGGUCCGUCGACACCAUCUGCAGCUACCAGGCGGACAACGAGCUUAACAGCGUCCCCAACUACCCGAUCUACUACGCCCUGCUAGACGCCUUCACCAUGGGCGACACCACCGACCUCCCCAACCGCAUCGAGGAGAUGAAACACGCCUGCCCCAACGUAAGCACCCUGACGACCUUCUCCGAGAACCACGACGUCCCGCGCUUCGCAAGCCUCAUCAACGAUCUAAACCUAGCCAAAAACAUCCUAACAUUCACCCUCCUCUACGACGGCAUCCCCAUGAUCUACCAGGGCCAAGAACAGCACCUCACCGGCGCGCACGACCCCCUCAACCGCGAAGCCCUCUGGCUAACGGGGUACGCGAGCACGCCCGAGACCGCGCCGCUGUACACGCACAUCGCGACGCUCAACGCGCUGCGCCGCCACGCCAUCCGCAUCGACCCGGCCUACGUCGACACCCCCACCUACCCGAUCUACCGCGGGUCCAGCGAGAUGGGGUUCCGGAAGGGCCGCGAGGACCGCCAGGUGAUGAUGGUGCUGUCGACGCAGGGCAGCGCCAGCGGCGCGUACAAGAUCCGGCUGACGACGGGGUUCCAGCCGGACGUGGAGGUGGUGGAGGUGCUGAGCUGUGAGCGGUUGACGGUGAGCGAGGUCGGGGAGCUGUGGCUGGGGAUGGAUCGCGGGGAGCCGAGGGUGUUGUUUCCGGUGAAGUGGAUGGAGGGGAGUGGGCUGUGUGGGUUUGGGGAUGGGGAGGGGACUGGUGGAGAGGGGAUGGGGGGAGAGGGGGGAGAAGGGUUGGGAGAAGGUGGUGGUGGUGGAGGUUCAGCGGGUGCGGGGAGGAAUACGGGGAUACCUUCGGGGGCUGUCUCUGCUCGUGUUGUUAGGGGUUGGGGCACUGGGAUCGGGGUACUGGGUGGGUUGUGGAUGGUGGUCCUAGGGAUGUCAGAUGCCUGCGCCGUAGUGAACAAGCUACUGAACAAGCGAACAACCGAGAAAAAAAGAUACUACGAAUGCUAUGAACAUGAACCUGACUGAUAUCGAGUGGAGAUGUCUAUUGUUUCCUCCUGGUAUGCGGCUGAUACUAAAGCUAUGCAUACAUUUGAUGCUGGACCCCCAUAUUCCUAGCACGUAGAAGCGACCAUUGCUGUUUAUCAGCAUAGGCAGCAUAGGGGGGAUUGGAAUGUGCCCCAGUGAAAUGCCCCGUCUACAGGCAGUAAAGAAGGAUCAGUGGGAAACAUGAAAGGAAUAAAAUUACACCGGGCGCUAAAGCAGAACCGAAAUAUCAAUCAACCUUGUUCCAACUUCUCAAUGAUCCGAACUCCACAAGGGUUCCGGUUGUUCAUGUGACGAGUAGUCAACCGGUUCAUUAAAGUGGCUCUCGAUGGAGCCAUAGGAUCGGAUGUUGU